AUGGCGCCGAUGAGCCUCAUUGACGACUCGGACGAAAAUGUCGUCUUCUCGCGUGGUGGCUUCACUACCAGACGCCCCGACGUGACAGCUGACAGCUGCAAUGGACGUCAUGAGCUGAACAAUGGCCAGAAAUCCGAGGCUGCUGUUGGCUACGUCGUUGACACUGAGGAUCACAGCACCUACCGCCCCUCGCGUCCCCAGGUCGGUCCUCCCAGCUUCAUUGACGACUCCUCUGAGGUUGGAGUUCGCAAUGCCGACAGAAAGAGCUUGUCUCGUCACAAGGAUACCAAGACGCAGUUCGAGAACCCCGAUCCUGGUGCAGAACAGGCAUACAAGUCGCUCGUGAAGAAGGUUCAAAACGCUCGCAAGAACGGCUUUGUUGAGUUCGAGGACGGAAAGUGGAGGUACGACCUGCAAUUCGUCCGCGACGGCAAGACGACGAGCCUGCUUUCUAACGCAGUCAGCUCUAGCUCGGCCAAAAAUGCCAGUCUUCCUUCGGGCAACCCCAAGCAGGCCGAAAUUCCCCAGAAGCGCACUGUUCCGGCUAGCCAGGAUACGCCCGCUGCACACCGCAUCGAGCUUCGUGGCAACCAGAAGGCCUCCAUUGCCAACCAUGUCGGCGGUAUCCCCUUCCCGACUGUUCCCCGCAAGCCCAAGGUUAUCGUUGCCCACGAGCUCACCGAUGAGGAGCGCAUCUCCAAGCCGACUGCCUUUGUUGUUUCACCCAACCAUUGUGGCCAGAAGGAGGACAUUCCGCGUUUCGGCUUCCUGAUCCCGGGUGCCAAUGGCAAGAUUCGUCUUGUCAACAACUCCAACGGCUCCGUUCUCACCUAUCGUGGAGCUGAAGCUCGCCCAUCUCGUGCUGUCGAUGUCACCGCCACCCCUGUUGCCCAGUCUCCGGGCCCCAUCAGUCGCGCUAAUUACCAGGCUCCGACUGUGGAGUCUGUCUCUGACUCUGGCGACCUCGGCGGCCUGUUUGACUGA